GCUAUACGCUCAAUCUUACUAUCUACAAGUCUAAAUUCCACCCGGCGUCAAAACCCGCGGGUCCGAAAUCCUCCCAUUCACACAUCCAUCUGCCCCUUAAACAGAUCUACCACCCAUCAUGACCGACCCCGCCCUCCAAAUCCCCGAAGUCAUCCAAACCGCCUCCAUCAACCCGGAGCCGUCCGCGGAACACGACGUCAACCCGCCCACCGCAGCCUCCGAGAAGCAGCCCGUCGUUGAAGACGAUGUCGCCUCCGAAGCAGGCAGUAUCCCCUCCGAUGUCGUCGCCCCCCACCGCAUGAUCAAGCCCGUUUCGCGACGACACCAGCUGCCCCCAUUGCCCGAUCUGCGCUUCGAACAGAGCUAUCUCGCCAGCUUGCGGGGAGCUGAUACCUGGGGCCGAGUAGCUUGGAUUACCAUCAGAGACCAGGUCCUCCUCCCUCUUAUCCAGGGCACCGUCUGGACUCUCGCUCUCUCCGGCUGGCGAUUCUGGAACCGCAACGCGUCCCUCAGCGGCCAGACACUCGGUAGCAAGAUCCGGAGAUGGUGGUAUGAGGUGAACAACUGGAAGUUGCCUCCCCUGCGGUCGGCUAAGGAUCCUCGCAUUGCUGCGAAGGUGGAAGACUUCUUGCAGUUCUACACGGCCCAGUUCUCGAAUGCCGGUGCUGACUAGGUCGUGUUUUUUGAGUGAUUUAUAUGUAUGGUUGUCAAAGGUAUUGACGUGACUGUGGAUGUCUAGUAAAGUCUGCAUUUUGGGAGUUUAGCGUACGGCGUUUUCGUUGAUUAUAAGCUUCCCCUUAUAUAGCCUGGAGCUUUCAGUUUUCCUACAUACUAUCUCUAGUAUCUACACCCAAAGGAUACGAGACUUCUAGUGUUUCAUCCCAAUCUUGCAAUUUAGAUACUGUACAUAGCGCAUAGCAGCCCCAGC